AUGGCAAGGAUCAAACCUCAAACUCUGUUACAACAAAGCAAGAAGAAGAAGGGACCAAGUCGCAUCAGUGUUGCUACCACUGCAAUUUAUGGCAUCGUAGUAGUUGGAAUGGUGCUUUUCAUUUUCGCCACCUGCAGAUACUGGUCUAGAAGGUCAAAUUUCCAGAUGGAGGAUGCAUUAUCAGCUGUAGAGCAAGAUAAUGCUUUUGACGAUACAAAGAAAGUUGACAUCCCUAAAUACGCUGUGAUAAGUACCUCAAAAGGCUUAAUAACUGUGGAAAUUUACAAUGAGGGUUCUCCUGAGGUUGUCAAGCAAUUUGUUGUCUCAUGCUUGAAGGGGCGCUUUAAAGGAAUGUUCUUUAACCGUGUAAUAAAGAACUUUGUCAUUCAAGGAGGUGAUGAUGAUAAUGCUGGAACUACUGAAGAUUGGACUUUGAAGGGAAAGCAUUAUAGUCAUCUUGAUACCAGCCUGAAGCAUGAAGCUUUUAUGCUUGGCACUUCUAAGACAAAACACGAUGGGGGCAGAUUCGAUCUUUUAAUUACGACUGCACCAAUUCCAGACUUGAACGAGAAAGUUAAUGUAUUUGGACGUGUCAUCAAGGGAGAAGAUGUUGUACAGGAAAUCGAAGAGGUGGACACAGACGAGCAUUAUCGACCCAAACAACCAAUAGCUAUCAUCGAAGAAAUUCAAAAUGUUGAGGGCAAUUUGGUCUUAAGAAGAUUUAAUCCACCCGUGGAUGAAUCCGUUGACCGGGGCAAAAGGAUUCGGCCGAAGGAGAGCUUGAAGCCUACGGCAAUGGCUAGUUCGCACCAACUCUCCUUCUCUUUACCCUCACUCUCCUAUCACAAAAUCAACCACAGAAACUCUUCUGCUCGAUUCAAUUGCUUUUCUACCGUACAAAAAUCUCUUGAAGCAACAGAAACAAAAUCAAGAACUGAAUACAAGCCAGGAAUCCUCGAUAAUGUUUUCCUCAAUUUGUUCCGUAAGAAAAUGGUUCAGGAGAUUGGAUGGGACUCGGAGAAGCCAGGAUACGAUGGAUUAAUCGAUGUUGCGCAUCGUAUAAUGAUUGGUCGAUCCAAUGCUGAAGCUACUGAAUCCGCGGUCCGGAUAUUAAGAGCUUUAUUUCCUCCAUUAUUGUUAGAGCUCUACAAAAUGCUCAUUGCACCUAUAGCUGGGGGCAAGGUAGCUGCUAUAAUGGUUGCACGGGUGACUGCUGUUUCUUGUCAAUGGCUCAUGGGACCAUGUACUGUUAACACUGUCAAUCUACCUAAUGGAUCCUCAUUGUCUAGCGGGGUGUUUGUCGAGAAAUGCAAGUAUUUAGAGGAGAGCAAAUGUGUAGGUGUAUGCAUCAAUACAUGUAAGCUUCCUACACAGACUUUUUUCAAGGAGCACAUGGGAGUUCCUUUAGCGAUGGAGCCUAACUUCAGCGACUAUAGCUGCCAGGAAUCUCUACAGUGA